CCCGACUGGAAUACCAACAGGCGCUGGAACCCUGACAGAAAAGUAAAAGUUCUAACAGGUCUAUGAUUACAAUUCUUGGUCGCAAAAAGAAACGUAGCUUCACUGUAUAGGGAUGUCUCGAAAAAGACCCCGAUGUUCUUUUACACUGUUCCAGACUAUAAGCAUGCCUCACAGAGUCUAUUUCAAGGGUAGCAAUGGCCCACCAGGAAUAGAACCAACACGCCAUCCUACUUCAGGGAACCUAGACCCCCGACCAUAUUCCAUGGAAAUAAAACAUCCGGGCUUACUAUCGAUAGGGAUUUGUCCGAGCUUAAACCAGAACGUCUCCAGACGGUUUCUGGAGGCAUCAAUAUAGCUCUAUAUCAGCUAGUCCUUGGAGAAUAUAUCAUUACCAACAUUCAGGGGUAGAACUGUUUUCGGUCCGGUUCGGCUCAGCCCUGUCGGCUUAAUUUUAGUUUCAUGUACGCCGCAGUAUUGCGCCCCGGUUAAAAGCAAG